GCUUUCCCCCCAGUCUAUAAUUAGCAUGGUCAUAAAGUCUGUUCUCCCCGCUCGCCUUCUCAACUCCCAUUCACCCCCACACGUCAACCUCUCUAUCGAGCACAUUCCCUUCUGGGGCACAAGCUGUCGCCAUGGCACCACAGCAGCUGUAUAGCCUGACUGGACAAGAUGAGCUAUCUCCACCGUCUGAAGAGAUUGGCAUUCUUGACGACACCCCCGACAGUCCACUUGACACCGAGUCGGAGCUCAAAGAAGGCCGUCCGUCGAUCGUCGCGUCCCAGUGGACCAUCGGCUGGAUGACCCCAAGUGCUAUAGGAACCUGCUACCUGCUGGCCAUCUGUUUAGCCUCGGCGCAUCUGGGACUAUUCCGGUGGUUGAACCGCCGCGAAGUCUCCAACACCAUCAGACAGCCCUACGUGACCGCGUUAUCCGUGGUCUUUGUGAAUGGAUUUCGAACCUUGCUUGCGGCUGCACUGGGCAUGUCUUUCAUUCAGAUCCUGUGGCGCGACCUUCGCAUGCGACCGAUGCGAGUUGGGGACCUCGACUCUUUCCUGUCGAUUCUGACGAAUCCCCUUUAUCUGGGUCGUCUGCGUCUCCUCGGCGCCGCUCCUCUACCGUUCCUCUGCGCUUUCAUUGCCUGGUGCAUUCCGGUUGCCAUGAUAUUUCCUCCCGGUGCCUUGACCGUGGAGGCAGAGCUCCAGCAUCUGGUCCUUAAUCAAUCCGUCCCGACCUUCGAUCCUGGUUACAUGGGCAACGGUAGCUUUGUGGGGAUGAUGGCCGAGGCACUGUGGCAGCCUGACGACUUUGAUGCCUACAGUGGUCCCACGAACGAUCUCAGGCGCAUCGCGCAACAAGCCAUGAUGGCCGGAGCCUACCUUGCCAGCCCCAGUCCGUGUUCUUCUAACUGCAGCUACAUUAUUGAGAUUCCAGGACCGAGCUUCCAGUGCACUGACACCACAUCCCCAGAUCUUUUUACCUGGGUCAAUAAGACCUAUUCUUCCACGUCAAAUUUGGACUACCUUUACAUCGCCUCCGCUGACUACAGCGGCCGCGUAUCCUCGAACUACACACUCGACUUUCUCCUCCGAUGGACCGAAGAUAUCUCCGGCGAGUACCAAAAUUUAACGUGUCGAGCCCAUGAAGCCACCUACACACUACACCUCAAUUACACGGAAGGCACGCAGAGAACGGAGGUUGAAGUCACACACGGCCAAGCGCUUAGUAGCCGAUAUCUCUAUGAUACCUUCGGGAUGUAUCCCCAGUCCGGAGGCAAGUACUCCGCCAUCAACGCCACAACGGUAGGUAACACCGGCGGCAAUGUCUCUGAGAUCUACCGGCGAGCGAACCUAGCCGCUGUUCAAGAUACUCUGGUGCUAGCACUCUCAGGGUACAUUGACAUAUUCGUCCUCCAUUCCCAGCCAACCGCCAACACAAUCAUCUCCCUCACUGAUCUCUACACCGGUCCUGCCAAGCAUCCCACCUUCACCAUCACAGAAGAUUCCCUCCAAUCCAUGCUCCAGAACAUCACCCUCUCUCUCCUAACCCUCAACCAAACCACGACGGCCAGCACAACCGUCACCCAAAGCAUGACCGUGAACGUGUAUGUCUUCAGACGCCCCGAGCGACUGAUCAUCCCUUACGUGAUAUCUCUGGCCAUCGCCUUGGCAUUCCUCGCGUGGGGCGGCCUUUCACUGGUACGGAACGGCAUCUCCGCCAGCGCGACAGGACUGUUCCAGACACUGUGCACCACGCGAGCCAGUGCGCAGCUGGAUGAUCUAGCUUUGCAGGGCUGCCUCGGGGGUAGGGAGAAUGUACCCGAUAAGCUAAGGAAUUUUGAGGUGAUGUUCGGGGAGAUGCAGACCAAAGAUGGGAUGAGGGUGGCCGGGUUGGGGGCUGCGGAGGAGGUUGCGCCGCUAAUCAAGGGAGGUUUGUAGAUAAUCUUGAAUCGGGUCGGAGGAAGAUAAUCUGUUACUUGGGAAUAUUGGGAAUUGGAACUAUUGGAUUGAAUUAGUGGCUUCAAGAUAAUUUCCAAA